UUCGUUUUAAAAUAUAAGCUAACAAUUUUCAAAUUUUACAAGUGCGAAUUGAGAGUAUCAAUAAAAUUGCAAGCUGUUUGCGAACUUCAAAGAAAUUAAUGACUUACACGCUAUCCGUUUGGGAUUAAAUAUGGGCCCAAAACUAAAUUAAAAUUUUUUUAUCUCAGUUUUUAUUUAAGGUUAUACCGCGAAUUUGUUCGUUUUUUCCUUUUGUUAUUGUUGUUAUUAUUCAUUAUUAUCGAAAAUAUCGACUAUCCGAUUAUCGUAGCUAAAAUUUUUAUUGUCGUCAGUGUCGGUUUGUCAACCUCGUUCAUUGAUUGAUCGUUGUCGGAUUAUUUAGUGUUUUUAGUUUUGUUUAUUUAUUAUUGUGUGUAACUGUUAAUAGUAUUAUUGUAACCAAAACGACAUAGGUAUUGUACCGAUUUUAAAUUACCAACACCUCAGUCUGGAUGGUCGUCUAUAUUUUCAUGAUCAGAUGCGAAUGAACGAUGCUGUUGUUGAAUAUCAUCCAUCGAAAUAAAGACGAGUGUUUCCUUUUAAUACUGGCACUUUUGCUUUAUUACGUGAUGAUAUUCUUAGAAGAGACUGAGAAACUUCGCUGAGAAGAUCCGAUUAGUGAAGCACACACUCAAAAUAUUGAACGUUUAUGGCAAUCGACUAGAGAGCAGGAUAAACAACACUCGGGAAUUCAUCGGUCUAUGUUUCCUUCAUAAGUGAAUUUCUGCGUCAUCAAAAAAACAUAAGAUUUCCAAUUAAUUAUUCAAAGAUGUUUGUUGAAGAUUUAGUGAAAGGAUUUUAUGACAUAAUUUCAAAAAAUAAAAUUCUGAUUUUGGUUAACUAUGAUGUGGAUGCAAUUUGUGCUGUGAAAAUACUUCAGUGCAUAUUACGUUUUGACAAUAUAGUUUAUGUGCUUGUACCAGUAAAAACUAUUACAGAAUUAAAAAAAGCUUUUGAAGAGCAAAAAAUUGAUGUAAAAUAUGUUGUGUUAAUCAACUGUGGAGGUACGUUAGAUAUAAUAGAAGUAUUAGAACCCGAGGAAAAUAUUACUUUUUUUGUUGUUGACAGUCAUAGACCUACAGAUAUAUGCAACAUUUAUAGUAGUUCUCAGGUAAGAGUACUGACACCACCUGAUGAUGAAGAAAAAAUCCCUGAUUUUGAAGACAUUUUUAAUGAGAAUGAAUCAUCAGAUGAAAAUGUAGACUCCGAUGAAGUGGAUGAAGAAGAAUCUGAUGUUGUUAAUAUCGAUAGCGUUGAAGAACAACAAAACAAAAGAAGAAAACUUGAUCAAAACACAUUAGUUAAAAGAAGAGAAAGAAGAAAAUGGGAAGAAAAUAGAAAAAAAUUGUUAUUUGAUUAUACUCAAUUUUCAUACUAUGGGCGUUCAGCUGCAAUGUUAAUGUUUGAUCUUGCUUGGAAAUUACACAGGGAAUCUGUUGAUUUAUUGUGGUGGGGAAUUGUUGGUGUGACUGAACAAUACAUCUUGGGCAAGACAGAACGUAUGCGUUACCUUAGAGAAGUAGAAUUGAUAGCUGGUCACAUUGGUCGUAUUUGUGAAUCUACAGUUAUCAAUGACAACGAAGAUAAUAUGUCACAGUCGUCAAUGUCUAAACCCUCAAACACUUCUACACAUCUUCGAAUUGAAUCCGAAAAAGAUCUACUAUUGGCUCUAUACAGACAUUGGACGAUUGAAUGCAGUCUUCGAUAUUCAAUGUUUACAGCAGUAUCUUUGAAACUUUGGACAAUUAAAGGCGAAAAAAGACUGAAACAAAUAUUAGCAGAAAUGGGGUUACCUUUAGCGGAAAGUCGUCAAAUGUACCAUUCAAUGGAUUUGGGUUUACGUAAACAAUUUUAUGGUAUGAUGGAAAAAAUUUCCAAUACCCAUAAUUUAUUACAAAUGACUUAUCCGUCAUUUAUGCUACAUCAAGGAUUUAAAACAAGGUAUCAAUGUGCUGACUAUGUUUAUUCAAUGGUUGCUACAUUGGAAACCAAUUCUCGUGAAUGUUCCCCUACACAGUGUUUUUAUAACACAAUGGAUUCGUUGUCCAGAUCAAAAAAAGAUUUUUUAGACCAAGGAAUAGAAAAAGCCAAAUGGAUAUUGUCCAACAUGUUUAGGCAUGUCCAGGCGGCACUGGACAUGAGACAAGUCAUAUUGGCUGGACCAUUUUACUAUUUAAUUGUACAAGAGGGUACGUUGCAUUCUCAGCACUAUUCCAAUCCUCACUGCUUAAUUAUGUUAGCAUCAUUUGCUUUAAGAGCUCAAGUAGCGUCAUCACGAAAAGUCAAAUUGACUCGUUUGCCAUUAAUUGCUUCAGCAUCUCUUGAUUCAGAUCAAGAUACAUGUUUAGUGGUUGGUAUCCCUCCUAUCACCGAGUCAAUGCCUAGAAGUUUUUUUGGAAAAGCAUUCGAACAAGUUUCCAAUAAAACGAAUAUUGAAGUUUCAUUGGAUUACUUUGAUUCGUCUAUUGCAAAAAUGCAAACUAAAGAUCGACCAAAGUUUUUUGAUGCCCUGACAGCGUUACUUAGUUGACAUUUAACAAGUAGUUUGUAUUUUAUUAAGUAUUAAUUGUUUAAAUAUGACAUAAUGUAAAUUAGUAAAAUAUGUUUUUUAAUUAUAAUCACAAUAGCAUUUUUUUUUUUAUG